AUGGGCCAUUUGUCGUACCUAGCGGCCGUGCUAUUUACUGGCUAUGCAGGUGCAAAUCUCGCCUACAAGUCAAGACCCGACCUCGCCGCUCCGGUGUUAAACAUUUCCAUCCCAGCGACAAAUGAAACAGCCGAUGGGCUGAUUUUCUACACGCCCGAGAGCAUCUACGCAGAUAAUACCGGCCACGGGCCCGCACAAUCUGGACCGUAUAUCUUCACCGACAAAGGCGAUUUAGUAUGGACCGGCUUUGGUUAUGUCGGACCUCGAAGCGAAAACUUCCUUGUCCAGAAUUAUAGAGGACAACAGGUCCUGACGAUCUUUGAAGGCUCGCACAAUUCACCGAUGGGCCACGGGCACGGCCACACUAGCAUCUUCGAUAAUAAGUAUCGGCUUUUGAAGCAAAUUAAGGGUGGCGGACACAAACUAGCCGAUCAGCAUGAGUUUCUCAUUUUCGAUGACCAUUCCGCUGUCUUCACUGUUUAUGAUCCCGAGAUCGCCGAUCUCUCGGCUUAUGGAGCGGAAUCCGAUUCCCAGCAAUGGAUCCUGGAUAACAAAAUACAGAAGGUGGAUACUGAUACAAAUCGGGUCCUCUGGGAAUGGAGCUCUCUCGAACAUAUCGACCCUGCAGGAACUAACCUGACCCUGGAAAGCGGAAACGCCGGUACCGGCGUGAACUCGAGCCAGGCCUGGCAUUACUUUUACAUGAACGCAUUUGACAUAGAUGUGGCAAAUAACAAAUAUCUUCUCUCUGCCCGAAGUAUGUGCACGAUCUUCAAGAUGGACGGUGACACGGGGAAGAUCAUCUGGCAACUUGGAGGGCCGAAUUCGAAUUUCUCUCUAGGAGAGGGAGUGGAUUUUUGCUGGCAGCACGAUACCAGAAUGCAUCAUAAAUAUCUCGAACAUGAGACGAAAGGAUCGAAGGAAAUAAUUUCUUUCUUUGAUAACUCUGCCCAUGAAAAUCUCGCCGGUGGACCGGAUCUACAAACCCGCGCAUAUAGUGCCGGAAAGGUUGUCGAGCUGGAUACUGAAAGCUGGACUUCGAAGCUCAUUGCUGAGUUCCGAGCACCGGAGGAUCUCUCUGUUCGAUCGCAGGGCAAUUUGCAACUGCUUCCGAAUGGGAAUGCGUUCAUUAAUUGGGGGUAUGACGGGGCCAUGUCAGAACACAAGCCUGAUGGCACGACAAUCUUCUUUUCCGGAAUGGACUCUGGAAAGUUUGGUCCCGGAUCAGAGAAUUACCGUGCUUUCAAGUUUGACUGGCAUGCUUUGCCAUAUGAGGAGCCAGCUUUGGUCGCAUUCAAGGAGUCGAAUGGAACAGCUUUGUAUGUCAGUUGGAACGGAGACACAGAGAGUAAGAUGUGGAAGUUCUUCGGGGAAGAUGAAAAGGGACGGAAAAUGCUACUGGGUCAAGCGAAGAGGACUGGGUUCGAAACCGCCUUUCGCACUUCUCACACACCUAUCCGUGUGUUAGCCGAGGCUUUUGAUGUCCGAGGUCACCGAUUGGUGUCCUCUUCAGUCGUCAAAACAAGGGAUUACAAGCUACGACUUGAAUAUUCUUGA